AUGCAUCUCUUUUGGAUUCUGCAGCUCUCGGCGGCUGCCCUGGCCAUGCCUGGAAGAAGUUUCGAGGCAAGAGCCGCCGCCAUGCCUGAAAAUCCAACAGGAAGCAUCACAGCUACUGCAACCAAGGCCACUCGCACGAAAGCGUCGGUUUGUACCAACCAUAAGCAUAAGUCUUCUUCGACUGCUACUGGCCCACAAUGCGUUCAUUCGCAGAAUCCUCACGAGGACACGAACAAGUGUGUCUGUACAUACAGCGGUACCAGCGAAGUCAUCCAUGAUGUACCAAAGGACGGCAAUUGCCCUAUGACAAUGCCCUCGAGCUGGAUGCCCACUUCCUCCCCCGAACCGACCACGACCACAACUCAUUCCUGGGGCACCGGCGAAGUUGUAGGUUAUGAUUAUACGUACUGGGAUUCAGCACUUGGUGGUGCUAAGAUUCUUUGUCAAACCUCGGAGCACUCGACGAUGGGCAUUGCCGUCGGUACUACGCCAAUCGUCGCGACCGUUUGCGCUGGUCACAAUUCAACUGCUGAAGCAGGCAUCAGUCACUGGACAAGUGCCACUGUUGUCAGUGCCGAUGCGUUCAAUAUCGGAAACUGGGGGUUCUCAAAGACUGAGGCUACCGACGAGGCUGCCACCGCCACCUCCUCCGAGCGAAACGAGCUUGCCACUAGCAUUUUUUCAGCUAUGAAAACCCUAUGCUCCGACAGUGCUGUUGACACCGAGACCUAUGUUCCAACUACUAGCUGGAAUGAAGAAAUCAAUAGCUUCACAGAAAUCUCCGUGACAAAGACUAUGAAACACUGCGCUACCCAGACGGUUGAGGUCAUGGACACCUACUAUCUGAAAAGUCUCAAUAACGAUACGGACGUGGCGGAUGGCCCUGGGGAUGGUAAGAUCGAGAUCGAAAUCAAAGAUUCUUGGUUCGAACCGGCAAAUCUGGAUGGGUUUUUGUGGAAAACUGCUUUCACAUGGGCUGAGCAGGCCAUGAAGAAUAUGCGAGAGGUUAACUACAACUACGGUAGCCAAAGUGGCGGAUUUGCUGGUGCUGUUUAUGAGCCGGAUUUGUGGCUGAAACAGUACGUUGUGCCAUCCGAAAUUUUGGUUACUCAUGGUGCAGACUAUGCACAUGAUAGCGUUGAGGCCAUGUGGACAAAGUUGCAUCUCAAGGAAAGUAAAGCAGACGAGAUGUCUUGUGUGGAGCAGGAAGAGAUGAUCAUGCUGGCCAAAUCAUUCGCGGAGUUUAUCGUUCCUGAGCUCGCACCGGAGAUCGAAGUAGGUGCCGAUAUUGGCCUGGAAGAAAUGUCCUGGCAUUGCGCGGAAGAAGCUAGUACCGGUGGUGAUUAG